UAUAAUAUGUGGGCAACACUGUAAAAAUGUCGUCAUUAUUUUGUCGAUCGUCCUUAUUCGUGAAAAUGUUUCGUUUUCGCUUCGUGUAAACUUGUGACGAAUGACGACCAACUAUCUCUAUUCCGGAUCCUAUAUAACAACCAGUAACACCAGUAUAGCUAGUGUAUUUCGCCAUUAACAAACUUGAUAUUCUGUGUGCUCAAAAAAAUAUGGCUAGUGUCUAUAGCGAAAAUAAUAAUGUAUCUGCUAUAUUUUUCGAUUUAGACAACACAUUAAUACAAACAAGAAAAGGUGAUACAAAGGCUUGCAACAAGCUUAUAGAAAUAUUACAGCAACAAUAUGGACUCCCUAAAGAUAUUGCAGAUGAAAGCGCUACUAGUUUUUUACGAGCAUUCCGAGCCCGUCCAGAUGAUGAUUCUUUCGCGCUGGACGAAUGGCCGACACAUUUAUGGUGUAACAGUUUACCGAAAAACUACAGGCAUAUUGCUAAAAAUCUGUCAGCCGAAUGGUUGAAGUAUAGAUUUCAAUAUUUAGCUUUAACAAAUGACGUCAUACACCUGUUGGAAUCAUUGCGGGAGGAUUAUCUUCUUGGUCUGAUCACGAACGGGCCCUCGCGUGCCCAGUGGCAGAAGAUUGAACGGCUGGACCUGCGCAAGUACUUUGACUGCGUCUUGGUGUCCGGCGAUCUGCCUUGGGAGAAGCCCGAUCAAGAGAUCUUUCUUGAAGCUUGCAAAUUACUGAAUGUCGAGCCUCGUACUUGCAUCAUGGUUGGUGACAAACUGGAAACGGAUAUAAAGGGUGGCAAAGAAGCGGAGUUAGGCGGUACAAUUUGGAUACCGUUGCAAAAAGACGAGGAGUCUUCGGAUUUACCAGAUUUCACCAUUGACAAAGUGACUAAAUUGCCAGAAGUCUUACAUAAUUCUCCUAAAUUGAAACGUUGUGCACGCACAUCUACUCAUUGUUGAUAUCUAUUUACCGAAAUUAUGUUUAUUGAUUCAAUAGGAGAUACGGCUAAUUAAACUAAAAGGUUUCAGAGUUCACUGUACAGAUGUUAAUUUGCUAUAUAAUUUGAACGGAAAGGUACACUCGCUUUUUCACUUAUUAGUUUUGUAUGUAAUACGUAGAUUGUUUAUAUAACUCACUUAAUGGACCGACGAUUUUUAGAUAGGCUAAUAUUGUAGAAACGUUAACUAAUGUGCCGAAAUGUCUAUCUGGUACAUAGUUAGCUUUAAUUACACAAUAUACAAUUGUUAUACGAAUUAUUGAAAGAGUUAUUAAAAGGGAGUAACAGUAACCUUGUAUAACAAUUGUAUAAAACUGGUACUGUUUUAAAUUUUGUGACCAAGACAAGAUCAGCAGGGGCUCCAUCUUUGUCUGUAAUGUGCUUCUAAUAGUUAAUUUAGUAAUUUGGAAAAUGAACCUAAUUAUUUUGUUUAUUUUGUCAUUUAUUUUAUUAAUCUGACCAUUGAACAAAUAAUGUAAUGUGUUUUGAGAUGACCGAUACAGUUUGUAUCUUUAUCUGCCGUUUAAUAUAACGUUACUUUUUGUUAAAAACCAUGGAUGUAUUCCUAAUUAUUUGUUGUGUUAAAGAUACCGUCACGUCAUAGAUUGCAGGUAACAAGCUAGCAAUAAUAAAUUUUAGAUCUGUCAGUAUUUGCAGUAUGUAAUAGGUUAUAUUUGCAAAUAAAAGAUUUAUAUUAUUUUAAUUUAAUUCUCACGUAAUAAGUGUGAGAAUAAAAGAAAUCUACUAUUUGAUCAGUACUAGAAAGUACGUGUUAAUAAUUUACGUUACCAUUAAUGUAAUUCCAUGGUAUAGUAACCUUCUAGAAUUAGCUUCAUUAUGUUUAAAUAUUGGCCAAAUAUUUACUUUUGAUACAACUUUUCUCUAUAUCUAGACAUAUUAUUUUGUACUAUAUAUGAAGUUUAGAUUACUGAAUAUGUAGCUAUAUGUACCUUGAUUAUUUUUGAUAACAUUUUUAUUUUUAGAUUAGGUAACAAUAUUUAUAACAAUAAAAAUAUAUAGUUGUCAUUUUUAUGAAGAAUAUUCUAAUCCCAACAGCACUUGCAUUAGUAAAUAUAGUUGAUGGCUUGAAGCAUUAUAUUUUUAUAUGCAAUUUGUAAUGUUGUCAAUUUAAAAUGUACAUAUUUUAAAUCGCAAAAAAGCCUGAAGUUUCUUCCAUAUUUUAAAGUAUUUCUAUUAUGACGAAUCUCUGGAGAGUUGAUAAAAAAAUUUGUUUACUUAAUUUUCUUAUUUAUAUUGAGAUUAUAAAUUUCAUUACCGCAAGCGAUACUUUUAUCUAGAUUAUAUUAAAAAGU